UUAGAUAUAUGAAGAAACUGAUCAAGUUGGAAAACCAUCCAACCAAUAAGUACCUUGUCCAUCCAAUCAUCUUCUCUUGGUGUGCAUCUAUUUUCAGCAAACCCCACCAAACCAAACACACAGCUCUCUCUCUCUCUCUCUCUCUCUCUCUCUCAUGUUCUUUCUGGAUGUGGGUUUCAUGUAUGUGAUUAUUCCGUGACCUGGAGAUAGCAAUUUGUUGUGUGAUGGUGAUAAUGGGAAGAAAGUGCUCGCAUUGCGGAAACAUAGGCCACAAUUUAAGGACCUGCACCAUUUUCAGAGGCACAGUAGGUGGACUUAGGCUUUUCGGAGUGCAACUAGACAUUAUCCCUCCUCCUCCCUCUUCUUCUAUUCCCAUGAAGAAGAGUUUCAGCAUGGACUGCUUGUCUUCUUCACAAGCUUCGUCUUCUUCACCUUCACCUUCACUGUCUUCCAUCAAUGAAAAUAAUUCCGACAAGAGCUCUGCCGCUGGUUAUCUCUCCGAUGGUCUCUUGGGCCGUAGUCAAGAGAGGAAGAAGGGAUUGCCAUGGACGGAGGAAGAGCACCGGACAUUCCUGAUCGGACUCGAGAAGCUAGGGAAGGGUGACUGGAGGGGAAUCGCCAGAAGCUUUGUGACCACCCGGACCCCUACCCAAGUUGCCAGCCAUGCCCAAAAGUACUUUCUCCGGCAGGCCAGCCUCUCCAAGAAGAAGCGCCGUUCAAGCCUCUUCGACAUGGUAAACGAUGGGGAUUCUAGGCCAAGAAUGAAUCCAUUUCCAGCACAGUCCAUUAAUAAUAGCACAGCAAUCUGCUCAAGCCACGAAGCUCAUCAUGAUCAUCAUCAUCUCAUCACCACCCUGCCACUGCUCAACCAAACAGCACUUGCACUGUUAGAUCAUCAUCAUGACAAAUCUAAUUGCCAAGAAAUUGCUACUCAUGACUCUCAACCAUCUUCUUCUCAUCGGCUCCAAGCCACGGCCAGGGGGCUGUUCGUGUCGCCCAUUAAUUCGCAGCCGAUCAAAUCUUCGGCUCCAAGUAGCUGCAUUUCGUUGUCGUCGUCGUCGUCGAAUCCGGUUCCUGAUUUGGAGCUCACUCUUUCGGCUCCACGGCCGGCUGAUCAUUCUCAAUCGUCGCCUGGUUCACUCCUAAUCGGACCGAUUGGUGUUCUUUAGUUAGCAUCCAGAGGAAACAAGUUUCAGAGAACAUGCAUGUUGUUUGAUUAUAUAUAUAUAUAUAUAUACACUUACUAAUAAUUAAUGUUAUAUAUAAUCUCCUAAUUUGAAUGAAUGAAUGAAUGAACGAACAGGUUUGAUACAGAAAUAAAAAAUACGGGACAUUGAUAUGCAU